AUGUCUUUGCUCUUAUUAUCCUUUGGGUAGAACAUAUAAGGAACUUUAGCAACCCACUAUGAUUUAGAUGGCAAUUUGAUCUCUGAGGAAGUUCAAUAAUCUACAGAAGAUGAUUACUCCUCUCUUAAUAGCAUGGAUUCGUCAAUGGAUUCCAGCAUGAAUCUAAACGUUGAUGAACAAUAAAAUUAAUUUUAACUUGAUGAGAACCUCAACUCUAUGAAUUCAAUGGAUUUAACAGAUGAUAUCGCUCCUCUAUAAAGUGGAGAAGUCGAUAACAAUUAAACAAAUUUAGUGGAAUCAGAAUUUGAGAUAUCUCCAGUUAUCAAUAAAUAGCCAGAAGAAGAAUCAUCAUCUUAGUAUUAAGAAUAUUAGCAAUAAGAAAGAGAAAGGGAAAAUUAAUUAGCAGAAGUGAUGUAAGAGGGUAAUAAUAAUGACAAUCAAAAUGAAAUAACUACUACAGAACAACAGCAAGAAGAAUCAACUCAAAUUUAAACUGAUACUUUUUUAUAGCCUGUAAUUGCAUCAUAAGAAUAAAUUAUUGAUAUCUUACAACCUCAAGAAGAAUAAGAAAUUAUCAAUUCAUUAAAAUAAAGUGAGGAUAUCUAAGACUCAUUUGUAAAUAGUCAAGAGAUUCAAUCCUCCUUUGAUGAAAAUGAUUCAAUGUUAUAAAAUAUUGAUCCAAAUGAAAUAAAUUCAAACAAUUUUAUUGCAAAUACAGAAACAUCAAAUAAUGAUGAAGUAAAUUAAUAACAGCAACAAGACUUACCUUAAGGAGAAUUGAAUGUUACAUAAUAAGAAAUUCAAAGUAAUGAGGAUAAUUAAUUAACCAAAUCAGAGCCAGCUGCUGUCGAAAAUUAACCCUCAGAAUAGGUUUCCAAUUAAAACAUUGAAUCACAAACUAAUUCAGCUUCUCCUUAAACAAGUAUUUAACAAGAAUCUAUUUCUGAAAAAGGAAUAGAUCAAGGUGUUGAUUAAACCGCUUAAACUCAAAUAUUGAAUGAUAAUAUAACUCCAUCAUAAUCUGAAAUUCAAGAGAAUUAAAAUAAACAGAAUGAUAUUGAGUCAUAAUCUUAAACACAAAAUAAUAAUGAAUCAUAAUCAAAUGGAGAGGAAAAGCAUGAAUUGUAAAAAAUAGAGAAUAAUAUCACUUAAGAACAAUAACCAGAAAAUUAAGAAAAGCUUAAUCAUUAAAAUAAUGAAACCUAAAAUAUAGAAGAAUUAAAUACUGUAAACAUUUAGGAUGAUAUUAAAAAUGCUAAUGAAAUAAAAUAAGCAAAUUGUAUUGUCAUAUAUUCUUAAUGCGAGUAUUAAGGAUUUGCAUUGGAAGUUUGUAAUAGUUUAAAAGAAAUAGAGAAAUUUAAACAUGAAAUAAAAUCUCUCUACAUUCCUUAAGGCUAUGGACUUACAAUUUAUGAAAAUUAAAACUUUAAUGGAAAAAGCCAUCGAUACACUUCAUCUUAGGCAUGUUUGUCAAGUGCAGUUUCUUUAAUACAACUUAGGAUGGAUAUUUAGUUGGCUCAUUAAAAUUUAAGAGGAAACAAAUGA